ACCGGCGGGGUAGGCGGCACCGGAGGCGAGGAGGGCGGCCCAAGGUCGGAGCCGGGGGUGUUUGGGCCAGGCCUGGAGCUGCCCGCAGAUGGAGUACGACUGGCUGGGCUUCGGCUACGCGGCGCUGGUGGCGGCGGGAGGAGUCGUCGGCUACGCCAAGGCAGGCAGCGUCCCUUCUCUAGCUGCUGGUCUUGUCUUUGGUGGCUUAGCAGGACUGGGCGCUUAUCAGCAGUCCAAAGAUCCAAAGAAUGUGUGGCUUUCCCUUGUGGCAUCUGGAACCUUGUCUGCUGUUAUGGGAAUGAGAUUUUACAACUCCAAAAAAGCAAUGCCUGGGAUAAUUGCUGGUGCCAGUUUACUGAUGGUUGGACGGCUUGGACUACAGAUGAUGGAAAAGCCUCUAAAGCCAUAAGCCUGCAUCAAGUCACUUGAAGAUCCGUGAUUGAGAAGCCUGAAAAUGCAACUGCAUAAAUUCGCUGCGCAAAAGUGGAAAAGGCACUGUCUGUUCAUUGUAUUUUUCAUAUCCUAAUGCAUAUAGGUUGUGUUUUUAACGGACUGGCAGUGAGAGCCCUUGUUAUGUCUUCCAAAAGAGUAUUUGUCUUAACAUUUUCUGCACUGUGAAGCAAGAAAAUACAAGUUUAGCACUAGUUUAGCUUCUUGUCCUGCAAAUUAGUUUUAGGCAAAGACCUCUUGGCACUCAGAUACAGAGAGUUGCAGGAUCAAAGCUUAAAUGUAGAUCUGGAAUUGUCAUUCUAAAAUUAUCUAUACCUCUGUAACAAUGAGAGGGAAGUUGCCAGCUUGUCACAAGUAAUUAAUAAUGCAGUUAACAUGCUUAUUAUGUUACUUGUCCCCUCCCUGACAGCUUAUCUGGUUAUGAGGUUUAUCAGUCUGGGACUUGGUUCUCUGAGCACUGAGCAUUAGAACCUGGUCCCACAAGACGUUAUCACGGAGCAGGCUGUCAAGGUGCUGCAGUAAUGCAAUAAAUGCAAACUUGUUACUUGCAAUUACUUCUUAGCAGUAGUGACCAGCUAAAUGUAACUCGCUUCACUUUUACAGAUAAUUAUUCAUUAAAAAAAUGUGCUUUAUUAGACAACGCAUAAUUGUAGGCAUAGCUCUUGCAUUUCCUUAUAACUAAAAUGUUAUUCUGAAUAAAGUAACAAAUGAUUAAUACAAACCUGUGUGUUCUACACAA